AUGAGGAUUCUUCCGUUGUUCCUCUUCUUCCUGGCCAUCUUGUCCACAGAUGCCACCUCCACAGAUCUUGUUCAAUCAAGCCAUGAUACCUGCUCGACCACAGCAGCACCUCCCUCGGAAAUUUCCAGCGAUGGAACCAUCGCAAGCCCGAUCGUCUCGACUGUCACAAACGAGUCAACUGCCGCUGUUUCGGGUGCGGUGCCUCCUGCCCUUUCGCCAUCAUGCACGUCUUCGCCCGAGCGAUCUACUUCCAGCUCAACUUGCACGGGUAGCUCCGUCGGCCUUUCACCAGACUCUACUAUCACUUCUUCUACUGGACCAACUUCCGCAAGCAGCAGUCUCACCCUGAUUAGUGACAGGUCUUCGUCCUGUGCAACAACUUCGGGGGUCAACACAUCUGUUUCACAGCCUGCUAGCGGAACAGGCUCAUCUGGCAGUAGUAUCUCCGACAGCACCAGCGCAUCUGGUACUACCUUAAGUUUGAUGGUAACGACUACCCGCUUCAGCCUGGAAUACAGCCAGCGGUACAGCUCCGUCCUUGCCCUCCUCGGCCUCGGCAUCUGUCCCAUCAAGCCCGGCAUCAAGUUCACAAAUAGUCAGCUCCCCAACGCCUCUCACUUUGGCAACUCAGACAUCGGUGCGACAAGAUUCAUCGACAAUUCACUCGUCUUCCAUAUCUCAGCCUGCUUCCUCAUUAGCUCUUCGAUAUCAACUGCCUCGGCUCAAUCCGACAUGUCUUCGAGCACCUCCGCAACUAGUCUGACUAUGUCUGCCUCCAGCAGCUCGAUGCUAGCCUCUUCAUCAGUAACUCCCCCACAAGGUGCCAAGUUUGCGGGUUUUCCUAUGGCAAACAUCACCAUCACGAUUGACGGGACAAAAUACUACCCGCCGCUCCCAGGUCAAGACCCCAUGAUAAUCAUCUUGAGCGAUUCUACCACAGCCAAGCUUACAGACCAGGCCAUCGAGCGAGAUGAUGUAUCCCUGCCUAUCCCCAGCUACCAAUAUUUGAGCCAAAAUGGUGGUUCCUCAAGCCAGCAGCUAUCUUCUUGGUCUGUGCAAUUUUCCACGCGCCAGUUCCAGCUUUCUCCAUGUUCCUGGGGUGUCUUUGUGUGCUUCCAACAAGCCGAGGCAGCUUUCACAAGUGCAGCCAGCUCUAUAGGAGACUCUCUCGCUUCACUUGGCGCUAACAUCAUGCAAGCUGGCAUCGCUGAUGCAGCAGCUGCUGCUGGCUACGCUUCCGAGGCCGGUAGCUAUGGUGUGAGCGCAAGUUCUCUCAUUGAUGGUAUGAGCUCUGCCCUGAGUAGCCUCGAGGGUGCAGCGGAGGAGCUCGAUGGUGCUAUGCAGGCAAUCAACGAAGACUUAGCAUCCUUUACCUCGAUUGAGUUGGACGAGCUUACGGCGGCUGGUCGUGUGUUCAGCUCGUAUCCCGAGAUUUCGGUGGCGAGAGGAAUGCUCAGCAAUCUCUCAAACAUCAUCAAAAUUGCGUGGGCGAACUCUGAAGCUGUUGUCCAAAGCCUCUGGGGCCUCUGUCAGACACAAUGGCUACCAAUCACUUCUGGAGGGGCACUAGUCACCAGUGUUUGGGGCCUCCAUCAGAUCAGCCAGGGAAAUUCGACAGAGGAGAUACCACAGGAGGAGCGGCUACACUUCAUUUUGUUUGAGAAAGGUUUCUCUAUCAAUGUCUUCAACGUCUGGACCUUUGUCCUUGAUCAAAACAAAGGUGUCAAAACUGCUGCUGAUCCGUCUGUCAACGAUGACCUGAAGAGGAGGGGGCUCCCGCCCGCUUACGGCCCAGGCUACACUACCGAGAUCACGUUACUAAAGGCAACGCUCAUCCGGCUGAUACCAUUUGUACGCGAUGUCUAUCUGCACCCUACUUUCGAGCAGAUGGAGAUGUGGGCUCCUCUCUUCGAUGCUAUGGAGGAAAGGCACACGGAGAGUGGUAGCCAAAGGCUAGCCUCACAUGAGGCCCUUACUGUCUAUCAAAAGCGCGAGUUUCGAGAGAGUGAGGCAUCAAUGAACCUAGCAGCCUUUUCACAUCGUAAAGGUAUGCCUCCCGAUUUCACUUACAAGAGAGACUCGUCUGGCGGCCAAGGUGUCACAAUAUUCAUUCCGGACAGUGGUGCAGCGAUAGAUGGACCUCUUUGGCAAGCUGAGAUGCAUAACCCAGAGUGGUAUGUGGUUUCAAAUCGACUAACUUUGGCCAACGUACCGGCGCGAUAUCAUGCUGCCGAAGACAUGAGUGACUUGGAAGCACACGGAACUGAUAUGGCUUGUCUAGCCGGCGGUGAAACGUUCAGUCUCGCGCCAAACUCCCAUCUUUAUCUCAUCAAGACCAGAAAUUACUGGCUCAGUAGAAAAGGAGGCGUUGCUCACUGGGAACUGAAACGAGAAAAUCCCGACGCGUUACAUGAUGCGUAUUUUCACAUUGUGGACAUAGUUGAGGAGCGGCAGCUGCAAGGGAAAGCUGUUAUAAGCAAUUCGAAUGGCGAGUGCUUCAGCUACCACUAUCCUCGUUACAUCAAAGAUAGUUCGACAUGGGAGACUCUCGCGCGUCGUCAAGCCGGCCCUUAUCUGACACCAGAACAGUUGGCGGAGUUCAUCUCGGGAUUAAUUGCCUGGGUUAACGUUAUGAACAAAGUCUACAGUGAUAUCGCCCAGGCAGCUAAAUCGAACGGUAUCAUUUGGAUUCAGUCGUCAGGCAAUCAAGGCUUUUAUCCUGAGGAGGCCGCGGACCCGAGAAUAGUGCCAGGUGUCAUGGUGGGAGCUGGAGACACGAUGCCCAAGUUCGGAAGCACCAGAGACAGUGAGAUGAUUACCGUCUCUGCAGCCUUCGAAGACGGAACUUUUUGGCCUGUUCAAGACGGAUGGAUUCUGUUCAGACCUCGACAUACAAGUGGUGCUGCAGCCUUGGUGGCUGGCUUGACUGCAUAUUUUCUGGGCUUGCCUGAGAACGCGGAUCGAUUUGAGUGGAGUGAAGCGAGAAACCAGCAGCUCCCUUGGGGGGUCCGCAUGAAGCAGUACAUGACGGCUCUGUCAUAUCAGUGGACAGAUGGGAUUGGUGGCACCAUUCAACCGCAGUACCUGGGAAGAUUGCCUUUCAACCUUCCAAGCAUUGUGAAUAUGGCCUACAAUGGCGCGUUCGGGCCCAUGAACAGUAAGUAG